GGUGGGUGGGUGCGCGCGUGGGGGGAGCUUCUCCUCUCUCCCCUGACCCCCUAUUUUCCCUCCCCUUCUCCUUCCACGCUCGCUGCAGAGGGAAGGGCAAGCGCGGCCGGCUCACUUUCCCUUUGGCGGCUCCUCCUCCGCUUUGCCCCCCCCCUCGUCCCCGCCUUGCCUGAGGUGCCCCAUUGCCUUCCUCCAUCCAGAAAGAGGAGGAGGAGGAGGAAGGAGACGAGGAAGAGCAUCGCCCCCAACGAGGCGAGGAUUCAGAGCGAGCCAUGGCUGAGCUGGGCGAAGGCGAGGACGAGAUCCAGUUCCUCCGGACUGAUGAUGAAGUGGUUCUUCAGUGCACUGCUACCGCUCACAAAGAACAACAGAAAUUGUGCCUUGCUGCAGAAGGAUUUGGCAACAGGCUUUGCUUCUUGGAAUCCACUUCAAAUUCCAAGAAUGUUCCUCCGGAUCUCUCAAUCUGCAAUUUUGUGCUGGAACAGUCUUUGUCAGUGAGAGCUCUCCAGGAAAUGUUGGCUAAUACGGAGGAAAAAGCAGAAGGGCUAGUUGAUAUGGAAAAAUGGAAAUUUAUGAUGAAGUCUGCUCAAGGUGGCGGUCAUCGGACGCUCCUUUAUGGGCAUGCAAUAUUGCUGCGCCAUUCUUACAGUGGUAUGUAUCUGUGCUGCCUCUCCACCUCACGAACAUCAAUGGACAAACUGGCAUUUGAUGUGGGCUUGCAAGAAAAUACUACAGGUGAGGCUUGCUGGUGGACUAUCCACCCUGCCUCCAAACAGCGUUCAGAAGGAGAAAAAGUUCGUGUUGGGGAUGACCUUAUCCUUGUCAGUGUCUCUUCAGAAAGAUACUUGCACUUAUCUUAUGGCAAUGGCAGCUUACGUGUUGAUGCAGCCUUCCAGCAAACACUUUGGAGUGUUGCUCCAAUAAGUUCAGGAAGUGAAGUAGCUCAAGGUUAUCUGAUAGGAGGCGAUGUGCUGAGAUUAUUACAUGGCCAUAUGGACGAAUGCCUCACUGUUCCUUCAGGAGAACACGGAGAAGACCAAAGAAGAACUGUCCAUUAUGAAGGUGGUGCUGUGUCAAUUCAUGCCCGUUCUCUUUGGCGGCUAGAGACUCUGAGAGUUGCGUGGAGUGGAAGUCAUAUUAGAUGGGCACAACCAUUCAGAUUAAGGCAUAUAACUACAGGGAAAUAUUUAAGCCUCAUGGAUGACAAGAGUCUUCUUCUAACAGAGAAAGAGAAAGCUGAUGUGAAAUCUACGGCAUUUUGUUUUCGGUCCUCCAAGGAAAAAUUGGAUAUAGGAAUAAGGAAAGAGGUGGAUGGCAUGGGAGCACCUGAGAUAAAGUAUGGAGAUUCAGUCUGCUUUAUACAGCAUGUCGACACGGGUUUGUGGCUUACGUACCAGUCAGUAGACGCAAAGUCUGUAAGAAUGGGAUCUGUGCAACGCAAAGCUAUCAUGCACCAUGAAGGCCAUAUGGAUGAUGGCCUAACUUUGUCCAGAUCGCAGCAUGAAGAAUCACGUACUGCACGAGUAAUUCGUAGUACAGUCUUCCUUUUCAAUCGGUUCAUAAGGGGCCUUGAUGCUCUCAGCAAGAAAGCAAAGUCUUCCACUGUUGACUUACCUAUUGAGUCAGUCAGCCUUAGCCUCCAGGACUUGAUUGGUUACUUCCAUCCACCUGAUGAGCAUUUAGAGCAUGAAGACAAGCAGAACCGACUAAGAGCACUGAAGAAUCGGCAGAAUCUCUUCCAGGAAGAGGGUAUGAUCAACUUGGUGCUUGAAUGUAUUGAUCGCUUGCAUGUCUACAGCAGUGCAGCACAUUUUGCUGAUGUAGCAGGGAAGGAGGCAGGAGAGACUUGGAAAUCUAUUCUAAACUCAUUAUAUGAAUUGUUAGCGGCUUUGAUUAGAGGGAAUCGUAAAAAUUGUGCCCAGUUUUCUGGAUCUCUUGAUUGGCUCAUCAGUAGAUUGGAAAGACUGGAAGCAUCUUCUGGAAUUCUUGAAGUUUUGCAUUGUGUGUUGGUGGAAAGUCCUGAAGCAUUAAAUAUUAUCAAAGAAGGGCACAUUAAAUCAAUUAUAUGCCUGUUGGACAAACAUGGAAGAAACCAUAAGGUGUUAGAUGUUUUAUGCUCUCUGUGUGUAUGUCAUGGAGUAGCUGUGAGAUCUAAUCAACAUUUGAUCUGUGACAAUCUUCUGCCAGGAAGGGAUCUACUUCUCCAGACACGCCUUGUCAACCAUGUGAGCAGUAUGAGACCCAAUAUUUUCCUUGGAAUCAGUGAAGGGUCUGCUCAGUACAGGAAAUGGUAUUAUGAACUAAUGGUUGACCACGUGGAGCCAUUUCCAACAGCAGAAGCCACUCACCUUCGUGUGGGCUGGGCGUCAACAGAAGGCUAUUCACCAUAUCCUGUGGGAGGAGAAGAGUGGGGAGGUAAUGGUGUUGGUGAUGAUCUAUAUUCCUAUGGUUUCGAUGGACUUCAUCUAUGGUCAGGUUGUGUAGCAAGAGCUGUGAAUUCUCCCAACCAGCAUUUACUAAGGACUGAUGAUGUGAUCAGCUGCUGCCUUGACCUGAGUACUCCAAGCAUUUCAUUCCGGAUAAAUGGGCAGCCAGUCCAAGGGAUGUUUGAGAAUUUCAACAUAGAUGGUCUUUUCUUCCCAGUUGUCAGUUUUUCUGCAGGAAUAAAGGUACGCUUUUUGCUUGGAGGCCGCCAUGGGGAAUUUAAAUUUCUUCCACCUCCAGGAUAUGCUCCUUGUUUUGAGGCCAUUCUGCCAAAAGAGAAAUUGAAAGUAGAACACAGCAGAGAAUACAAAAAGGACCACAAUGACAUGAGGGACCUACUGGGUCCAAAUAUUUCUUUGUCACAAGCAGCUUUUACGCCAGUACCUGUUGAUACCAGUCAGAUUGUAUUACCACCACAUUUGGAAAGAAUUAGAGAAAAACUGGCUGAAAACAUUCAUGAACUUUGGGUUAUGAAUAAAAUUGAGCUUGGAUGGCAAUAUGGUCCUGUUAGGGAUGACAACAAGCGACAGCAUCCUUGUCUGGUUGAGUUUGCAAAGCUUCCAGAACAAGAACGAAAUUAUAACCUGCAAAUGUCUCUAGAAACAUUAAAAACCUUGCUGGCAUUAGGAUGUCAUGUUGGAAUUGCUGAUGAGCAUGCUGAAGAAAAAGUGAAGAAACUAAAGCUUCCAAAGAACUAUUUAUUGUCUAGUGGCUAUAAGCCUGCUCCUAUGGAUCUGAGCUGUAUCAAGCUGACCCCAUCUCAGGAAUCCAUGGUGGAUAAACUGGCAGAGAAUGCUCACAAUGUGUGGGCAAGGGAUCGUAUCAGACAGGGUUGGACAUAUGGAAUCCAACAGGACGUGAAGAACCGUCGAAACCCUCGUCUUGUACCCUAUACACUCCUUGAUGAUCGCACUAAGAAAUCAAAUAAAGAUAGCCUACGAGAAGCAGUUCGUACACUUAUUGGCUAUGGUUAUAACCUUGAGGCUCCAGAUCAAGAUCAUGCUGCUAGAACAGACAUGUUUUCUGCUAUGAUGGAAAAGUUUAGGAUUUUCCGCACAGAGAAGACAUAUGCAGUGAAAACUGGGAAAUGGUACUUUGAAUUUGAAGCAGUGACAGCAGGAGACAUGAGAGUUGGCUGGGCCAAGCCAGGCUGUCAACCAGAGCAAGAACUUGGAUCAGAUGAACAAGCGUUUGUAUUUGACGGAUUCAAGGCUCAACGCUGGCACCAAGGAAAUGAGCAUUUUGGUCGUUCUUGGCUGACAGGGGAUAUUGUGGGAUGUAUGGUUGAUUUGAAUGAGCGCACUAUGAUGUUCACUCUCAAUGGCGAAAUCCUUCUUGAUGACUCAGGUUCUGAGCUUGCAUUCAAGGAUUUUGAGGUUGGUGAUGGCUUUAUACCUGCAUGUAGCUUGGGAUUGUCACAAGUUGGCAGAAUGAACUUUGGCAAAGAUGUCAGCACCCUGAAAUAUUUCACCAUUUGUGGUUUACAAGAAGGGUAUGAACCUUUUGCAGUGAAUACAAACCGGGACAUCACCAUAUGGCUGAGCAAGCGAUUACCUCAGUUUCUUCCAGUACCACCAAACCAUGAACAUAUUGAGGUUACCAGCAUAGAUGGAACUGCAGACAGCUCACCAUGCUUAAAAGUUACUCAGAAGUCAUUUGGAUCUCAAAAUAGCAAAACAGAUAUCAUGUUCUAUCGUCUCAGCAUGCCCAUAGAGUGUGCAGAAGUCUUUGCUAAAAUGCCUGGAGGAGGAGUGCCAAAUUCCAAUCUUUUUGGCCCAAAGAAUGACAUGGAUGAUUUUGAUGCAGAUUCUGACUUUGAAGUCCUUAUGAAGACUGCUCAUGGCCAUCUUGUAUCUGAUCGUGUCGAAAAAGAAGUGGCAAAGGCAGAAUUCAAUAACCAUAAAGACUAUACGCAAGAAAAACCUUCACGCCUCAAGCAAAGAUUUAUGCUGAGAAGAACGAAGCCAGACUACAGCACAAGCCACUCCACAAGGCUCACUGAAGAUGUCCUAGCAGAUGAAAGAGAUGAUUAUGAUUACUUAAUGCAAACUUCCACAUAUUAUUAUUCUGUGCGGAUCUUCCCGGGACAAGAACCUGCCAAUGUCUGGGUGGGCUGGAUUACAUCUGAUUUCCAUCAGUAUGACACAAACUUUGAUUUGGACAGAGUCCGCACUGUUAUGGUAACCCUAGGAGAUGAUAAAGGAAAAGUUCAUGAGAGUAUCAAACGAAGCAAUUGCUAUAUGGUAUGUGCAGGAGAAAGCAUGAGUCCAGGACAAGGACGGAAUAACAAUGGAUUAGAGAUUGGUUGCUUGAUAGAUGCUGCAACUGGCCUUCUCUCCUUCACAACGAACGGCAAAGAGUUAAGCACCUAUUAUCAGGUUGAACCAAGCACUAAACUAUUUCCUGCGGUAUUUGCACAAGCUACAAGCCCUAAUGUUUUCCAGUUUGAGUUGGGAAGAAUAAAGAAUGUCAUGCCAUUGUCAGCUGGCUUAUUCAAAAGUGAGCAUAAAAACCCCAUUCCCCAGUGCCCUCCUCGUCUCCAUGUUCAGUUUCUGACGCAUGUGCUUUGGAGUAGAGUGCCAAACCAUUUCCUGAAGGUUGAUAUAUCCCGUGUCAAUGAGCGACAAGGCUGGUCGGUACAGUGCCUGGAGCCUUUACAGUUCAUGUCCCUUCAUAUCCCAGAGGAAAACAGGUCUAUAGAUAUUUUAGAGUUGUCAGAACAAGAAGAAUUAUUGAGGUUUCACUACCACACUCUUCGUUUGUACUCAGCUGUCUGUGCUCUUGGUAACAACCGAGUUGCCCAUGCCAUGUGCAGCCAUGUUGAUGAAUCUCAGCUUCUGUAUGCAAUUGAGAACAAGUAUAUGCCAGGCUUAUUACGUACAGGUUUUUAUGAUCUUCUUAUUGAUAUUCACCUUAAUACUUAUGCGACGGCAAGGCUUAUGAUGAACAAUGAAUUUAUUGUUCCAAUGACAAAUGAAACGAAAAGCAUUACUUUGUUUCCUGAUGAAAACAAAAAACAUGGUCUACCUGGCAUUGGACUCAGCACUUCUUUGCGGCCCAGAAUGCAGUUUUCCUCUCCUAGUUUUGUAAGAAUUAACAAUGAAUGCUACCAGUAUAGUCCUGAAUUUCCUUUGGAAAUUUUAAAGGCCAAAACAAUAGAGAUGCUCACAGAGGCAGUUCAAGAGGGAAGUCUUCAUGUCCGAGAUCCAGUUGGUGGCACCACAGAGUUCCUGUUUGUUCCUUUGAUCAAGCUUUUUUACACACUACUUAUAAUGGGAAUUUUCCAUAACGGAGACCUGAAGCAUAUUUUGCAGCUGAUUGAACCGAGUGUCUUUAAGGAAGAUACAGGCCAUGAAAAUGAGACUAGAAUACUAGUGAAACAACCAAUCACAGAAGGAUUAAAUUCAGAAGGAGGAGAGAUGGUCCCAGCAGAAGGACUUCUUCAAAUGAAACUUCCUGAGCCUGUGAAACUACAGAUGUGUCAUUUACUUCAGUACCUUUGUGACUGUCAGAUCCGCCACCGGAUAGAAGCCAUUGUAGCAUUUUCAGAUGACUUUGUAGCAAAACUUCAGGAGAAUCAGCGUUUUCGAUACAAUGAAGUCAUGCAAGCAUUAAAUAUGUCUGCUGCACUGACAGCCAAGAAAACAAAAGAAUUCCGUUCUCCACCACAGGAACAGAUUAAUAUGCUGCUGAAUUUUAAAGAUGACAAAAAUGAUUGUCCUUGUCCUGAAGAAAUAAGGGAUCAUCUCCUGGAUUUUCACGAAGAUUUGAUGGCACAUUGUGGAAUUCAGCUAGAUGAAGAUGGAUACCUGGAUGGAAACAGUGAUUUAACAAUUACAGGUCGACUGCUCUAUCUUGUGGAAAGGAUCAUACAUUUGAAAAAGAAACAAGCAGAGAAACAAGUUGAUGAUGAUUCUAUGAAACCAUCGACUCUCCAGCAGUUGAUAUCAGAGACCAUGGUACGAUGGGCUCAAGAAUCAGUAAUCGAAGACCCAGAAUUGGUGAGGGCCAUGUUUGUUUUAUUACAUCGCCAGUAUGAUGGAGUUGGUGGCCUAGUCCAAGCCUUGCCAAAGACAUACACUAUUAAUGGAGUAUCAGUGGAAGAUACUAUCAACUUACUAGCAUCUCUUGGGCAGAUCCGUUCUCUCCUCAGUGUUAGAAUGGGCAAGGAGGAAGAGAAACUUAUGAUUCGUGGAUUAGGGGAUAUCAUGAAUAACAAAGUUUUUUACCAACAUCCUAAUCUUAUGAGGGCGCUGGGGAUGCACGAAACUGUAAUGGAAGUAAUGGUGAAUGUUCUUGGAGGAGGAGAGUCAAAGGAAAUCACCUUUCCUAAGAUGGUGGCCAAUUGUUGUCGCUUUUUGUGCUACUUUUGCCGCAUUAGUAGACAAAAUCAAAAGGCUAUGUUUGACCAUCUUAGUUAUCUUUUGGAAAACAGCAGUGUUGGUCUUGCAUCCCCUUCUAUGCGUGGGUCAACACCUUUAGAUGUUGCAGCAGCUUCUGUUAUGGACAACAAUGAACUUGCACUAGCUUUGAGAGAGCCUGAUUUAGAAAAGGUAGUCCGCUACUUGGCUGGAUGUGGUUUGCAGAGCUGUCCUUUGCUGAUCUCUAAAGGCUACCCAGAUAUUGGUUGGAAUCCUGUUGAAGGAGAACGAUAUCUGGAUUUUCUUCGGUUUGCUGUUUUUUGCAAUGGAGAAAGUGUUGAAGAGAAUGCUAAUGUGGUGGUCAGGUUACUCAUUCGGCGUCCUGAGUGCUUUGGACCAGCACUGAGAGGAGAAGGUGGAAAUGGCUUACUUGCUGCCAUGGAGGAAGCCAUUGACAUGUCAGAAGACCCUUCAAGAGAUGGACCUUCACCAACUAAUGGAUCCAAUAAAACACUAAGUGAGGUGGAAGAAGAAGAAGAUACUAUUCACAUGGGAAAUGCCAUCAUGACUUUUUAUGCUGCUCUGAUUGAUCUCCUAGGACGCUGUGCCCCAGAAAUGCACCUAAUCCAUGCUGGCAAAGGGGAAGCCAUUAGAAUCCGAUCUAUUCUGCGAUCUUUGAUUCCUUUGGAGGAUUUGGUGGGUGUAAUUAGCAUUCCUUUCCAUAUGCCAACAAUAGCAAAAGAUGGUACUGUGGUGGAACCUGAUAUGUCAGAGGGGUUUUGCCCAGACCACAAGGCAGCCAUGGUAUUAUUCCUUGACAGGGUCUAUGGGAUUGAAGAUCAAGAUUUUCUUCUACAUCUUCUAGAAGUUGGCUUUCUACCAGACCUUCGUGCUGCUGCUUCAUUAGAUACGGUUGCUCUGAGUGCUACAGACAUGGCCCUGGCUCUCAAUCGGUACCUCUGCACUGCUGUUUUGCCUUUAUUAACUAGAUGUGCUCCUCUUUUUGCUGGCACAGAACACCAUGCUUCUCUUAUAGAUUCCUUGCUACACACUGUAUACCGACUUUCCAAGGGCUGUUCUCUUACCAAAGCUCAGCGGGACUCUAUUGAAGAGUGCCUACUCUCCAUUUGUGGUCAAAUGAGACCUUCAAUGAUGCAACAUUUAUUGAGAAGAUUAGUAUUUGAUAUUCCUUUGCUAAAUGAGCAUGCAAAGAUGCCUCUUAAGUUGCUGACAAAUCAUUAUGAAAGAUGCUGGAAGUAUUACUGUUUAUCAGGGGGUUGGGGUAACUUUGGUGCUGCUUCAGAAGAAGAACUUCAUUUGUCCAGAAAGUUGUUCUGGGGUAUUUUUGAUGCCUUAUCUCAAAAGAAAUAUGAACAGGAACUAUUCAAACUAGCUUUGCCCUGCCUGAGUGCAGUAGCAGGAGCAUUACCUCCUGAUUACAUGGAAUCAAAUUAUGUUGGUGUGAUGGAAAAGCAGGCUUCUAUGGAUUCAGAUGGGAAUUUUAAUCCACAACCUGUUGAUACUUCAAACAUUACAAUUCCUGAGAAACUAGAGUACUUUAUUAACAAAUAUGCUGAACAUUCCCAUGACAAAUGGUGCAUGGAAAAGUUUGCAAAUGGGUGGAUAUAUGGUGAAACAUACUCUGAAUCUUCAAAAGUGCAGCCAUUAAUGAAACAAUAUAAACUAUUAACAGAAAAGGAAAAAGAAAUUUAUAGAUGGCCAAUCAAAGAGUCUCUGAAAACCAUGCUUGCUUGGGGAUGGCGGGUUGAAAGAACAAGGGAAGGCGAUACUAUGGCUUUAUACAAUAGACCACGUCGGAUAUCACAGACAAGUCAGGUUUCUGUAGAUACUGUCCAUGGCUAUAGUCCCCGUGCAAUUGACAUGAGUAAUGUUACCCUCUCCAGAGAACUGCAUGCUAUGGCUGAGAUGAUGGCUGAAAACUAUCAUAACAUAUGGGCAAAGAAAAAGAAAAUGGAACUUGAGGCAAAAGUGGGAGGAGGAAAUCACCCCUUACUUGUUCCCUAUGAUACACUGACGGCCAAAGAAAAAGCAAAGGAUAGAGAGAAAGCUCAAGAUAUCCUGAAGUUCCUGCAAAUAAAUGGAUAUGUGGUCUCUAGAGGUCUAAAGGAGCUUGAGCUAGAUACACCCUCCAUUGAGAAGCGAUUUGCUUACAGUUUUCUUCAGCAGCUUAUACGAUAUGUAGAUGAAGCCCAUCAGUAUAUUCUGGAGUUUGAUGGUGGCAGUAGAGGCAAAGGAGAACAAUUUCCUUAUGAACAAGAAAUCAAGUUCUUUGCUAAAGUUGUACUUCCUUUAAUUGAUCAGUAUUUCAAAAACCAUCGACUAUAUUUCCUCUCCUCAGCAAGCAGACCCCUCAGCAGUGGUGGGCAUGCCUCUAACAAGGAAAAAGAAAUGGUAACAAGCCUAUUCUGCAAACUUGGAGUACUUGUCAGGCAUAGGAUAUCACUGUUUGGAAAUGAUGCAACUUCAAUUGUCAAUUGUCUUCAUAUCUUGGGUCAAACCUUGGAUGCAAGGACGGUGAUGAAGACAGGUUUGGAGUCUGUUAAAAUGGCUUUGAGAACCUUUCUGGAUAAUGCUGCAGAAGAUCUGGAGAAAACAAUGGAGAACCUUAAACAAGGGCAAUUCACACAUACCAGGAGUCAACCAAAAGGAGUGACACAAAUAAUUAAUUACACCACUGUAGCUCUCCUGCCAGUGCUAUCUUCCUUGUUUGAACAUAUUGGACAGCAUCAAUUUGGAGAAGAUCUGAUAUUGGAAGAUGUUCAAAUCUCUUGUUACAGAAUAUUGGGCAGCUUGUAUGCUCUGGGAACCAGCAAGAGUAUCUACGUGGAACGGCAGCGUUCUGCUCUAGGUGAAUGCUUAGCUGCUUUUGCUGGAGCCUUUCCUGUGGCAUUUUUAGAAACUCACCUAAACAAUCACAACACGUAUUCCAUUUAUAAUACCAAGACUACAAAAGACAGAACAGGUCUCAGCUUACCCAACAGUGUAGAAGAGCUCUGUCCAAACAUUCCUUCUUUAGACAAACUGAUGGAAGAAAUUGUGGAAUUAGCUGAGUCUGGCAUUCGCUAUACACAAAUGCCUCAUGUCAUGGAAGUUGUCUUGCCCAUGCUCUGUAGCUACAUGUCACAUUGGUGGGAACACGGACCAGAAAGCAAUCCUGACAAGAGCGAAAUGUGCUGCACGGCUUUGACUUCCGAACAUAUGAAUACACUUCUGGGAAACAUACUGAAAAUCAUAUAUAAUAACUUGGGCAUAGAUGAAGGAGCUUGGAUGAAGAGAUUAGCAGUGUUUUCUCAGCCUAUCAUAAGCAAAGUGAAGCCUCAGCUCUUAAAGACACAUUUUCUGCCACUGAUGGAGAAGCUAAAGAAAAAAGCUGCCCUCGUUAUUGCUGAUGAAGAGCACUUAAGAGCAGAAGGCAGAGGAGACAUGUCUGAGACGGAACUCCUUAUCCUAGAUGAGUUCACUAUAUUAACACGUGAUCUCUACGCAUUCUACCCAUUGUUGAUCAGAUUUGUGGACUACAACAGAGCAAAAUGGCUGAAAGAACCUAACCCUGAAGCUGAGGACCUGUUCCGUAUGGUUGCUGAAGUAUUCAUUUACUGGUCAAAAUCACAUAAUUUUAAAAGGGAAGAACAGAACUUUGUUGUGCAAAAUGAAAUCAACAACAUGUCUUUCCUUAUUACUGACACCAAAUCCAAGAUGUCCAAGGCAGCUGUUUCAGAUCAGGAAAGAAAGAAAAUGAAGAGGAAAGGUGAUCGUUACUCAACCCAGACUUCCCUUAUUGUGGCAGCUUUAAAAAGGUUGUUACCUGUUGGGCUAAAUAUUUGUGCACCUGGGGACCAAGAAUUAAUUGCACUGGCGAAGAACAGGUUAAGUAUGAAAGACACUGAAGAUGAAGUUCGAGAUAUUGUUCGUAACAACCUUCACUUACAGGGCAAGCUUGAAGAUCCUGCCAUUAGGUGGCAGGUAGCCCUUUAUAAAGAUCUACCAAACAGAACUGAAGUUACUUCAGAUCCAGAGAAGACAGUAGUUCGGGUUCUCGAUAUAGCCAAUGUGCUUUUCCAUCUGGAACAGGUUGAGCAUCCUCAGAGAUCAAAAAAAGCAGUAUGGCAUAAACUUUUAUCCAAACAAAGGAAAAGAGCAGUGGUCGCUUGUUUCAGAAUGGCACCCCUCUAUAAUCUUCCAAGGCACCGGGCUGUCAAUCUUUUUCUUCAAGGAUAUGACAAAUCCUGGGUGGAAACAGAAGACCACUACUUUGAAGAUACUCUUAUAGAAGAUCUAGCUAAACCUGGAGAUGAGCCACCAGAGGAAGAUGAAUGCAUAAAGAGAGUUGAUCCUUUGCAUCAACUUAUUUUACUAUUUAGUAGAACAGCAUUAACGGAAAAAUGUAAACUGGAAGAAGAUUACCUUUAUAUGGCAUAUGCUGAUAUUAUGGCAAAGAGCUGUCAUGAUGAAGAAGAUGAUGAUGGUGAAGAGGAGGUGAAGAGUUUUGAAGAAAAAGAAAUGGAAAAACAAAAACUUUUGUACCAGCAAGCAAGAUUGCAUGAUCGGGGAGCUGCCGAGAUGGUUCUUCAGACAAUUAGUGCUAGUAAAGGUGAGAUGGGACCAAUGGUUGCAGCUACACUAAAACUUGGGAUUGCCAUAUUGAAUGGUGGAAAUUCUACUGUUCAACAGAAAAUGCUUGACUACCUUAAAGACAAAAAGGAUGUAGGAUUCUUUCAGAGCCUUGCUGGCCUUAUGCAGUCUUGUAGUGUACUUGACCUAAACGCUUUUGAACGGCAGAACAAAGCAGAAGGCCUUGGCAUGGUUACAGAAGAAGGAUCAGUCAUCACUCAUGAGCGUGGAGAGAAGGUGAUGCAGGAUGAUGAAUUUACUUGUGACCUCUUCCGGUUCCUUCAGUUACUCUGCGAAGGGCAUAACUCAGAUUUUCAAAAUUACUUGCGGACUCAGACUGGUAACAAUACAACUGUCAAUAUUAUCAUAUCAACUGUGGAUUAUUUAUUGAGAGUUCAGGAAUCAAUUAGUGAUUUCUAUUGGUAUUAUUCUGGAAAGGAUGUUAUCGAUGAACAAGGACAACGUAAUUUCUCUAAAGCAAUUCAAGUUGCAAAGCAGGUCUUCAAUACUCUUACAGAAUAUAUCCAGGGACCAUGUACAGGGAACCAGCAGAGCCUUGCACAUAGCAGACUAUGGGAUGCAGUGGUUGGGUUUCUUCAUGUAUUUGCCCAUAUGCAGAUGAAGCUCUCUCAGGAUUCUAGCCAAAUUGAAUUACUAAAAGAAUUAAUGGAUCUUCAGAAGGAUAUGGUGGUCAUGCUGCUAUCAAUGUUAGAAGGCAAUGUUGUGAAUGGAACAAUCGGCAAGCAGAUGGUUGACAUGCUAGUGGAAUCUUCCAACAAUGUUGAAAUGAUUUUAAAGUUUUUUGAUAUGUUCCUGAAACUGAAGGAUUUAACUUUCUCUGAUGCAUUUAAAGAAUAUGAUCCCGAUGGUAAAGGUAUUAUUUCCAAAAGAGAUUUCCAGAAAGCAAUGGAAAGCCAUAAGCACUACACUCAGUCUGAAACAGAAUUUCUGCUCUCUUGUGCUGAAACAGAUGAGAAUGAGACUCUGGAUUAUGAGGAAUUUGUGAAACGGUUUCAUGAGCCAGCCAAAGACAUUGGCUUCAAUGUUGCUGUUCUCCUGACAAACCUGUCAGAGCACAUGCCUCAUGAUACUAGAUUACAGACUUUCCUUGAACUUGCUGACAGUGUUCUGAACUAUUUUCAGCCAUUCUUAGGGCGCAUAGAAAUAAUGGGCAGUGCAAAGCGCAUUGAAAGAGUAUACUUUGAAAUAAGCGAAUCAAGUAGGACACAGUGGGAAAAGCCUCAAGUCAAAGAAUCGAAGAGACAGUUUAUCUUUGAUGUGGUCAAUGAAGGUGGCGAAAAGGAAAAAAUGGAACUUUUUGUUAAUUUCUGUGAAGAUACCAUCUUUGAAAUGCAAUUGGCUGCUCAGAUCUCAGAGUCAGAUUUGAAUGAGAGAUCAGUGAAUAAAGAAGAGAAUGAGAAUGAGAAGCCUGAGGAUCAAGACCCAAGGAUGGGCUUCUUCUCUGUUGUGACUAUCAAAUCUGCUUUGAUAGCUCUCAGGUAUAACAUAAUGACUCUCAUGAAAAUGUUGAGCAUGAAAAGCAUAAAGAAACAGAUGAAGAAAAUGAAAAAAAUGACAAUGAAAGACAUGAUAAUGGCUUUAUUUUCUUCUUACUGGAGCAUUUUCAUGGGCUUAAUGCAUUUUAUAUCAAGUGUCUUCCGAGGCUUCUUUCAAAUUAUAUGCAGUUUGCUCCUUGGAGGAAGCCUGGUUGAAGGAGCUAAGAAAAUCAAAGUGGCUGAACUUUUAGCCAAUAUGCCUGACCCCACUCAGGAUGAAGUGCGUGGCGAAGGGGAUGAAGUGGAAAGGAAGCCAACAGAAGUUGCAUUGCCUGCAGAAGAUCUAACAGAUCUCAAAGCCUUAUCAGAAGAUAGUGACCUCCUCUCAGACAUAUUUGGCUUGGAUUUAAAAAGAGAGGGAGGGCAGUAUAAACUAAUUCCUCACAAUCCAAAUGCAGGCCUGAGUGAUUUGUUGAGCAGUCCUUCUCCACUUCCUUUACCUGAAGUGAAAGAGAAAAUACAGGAGCAGAAGGUGAAUGAAGAUGAAAAACAUGAGAGAGAAGAAACCAAAUUUGAACAUGAAAAAGGAGAAGGAGACGAUGGAGAAAAGGAAGAUAAAGCAAAAGAAGAGAAAGGAACACAGAAGCCGAAGCAGCAUCAUAAACAUAGGCAUGGCGAACUAGAAACACAAGAAUCGGCCUUCUGGAAGAAAAUAAUUGCAUAUCAACAGAAGCUUCUUAAUUAUUUUGCUCGGAAUUUCUACAAUAUGAGGAUGCUGGCUUUGUUUGUUGCAUUUGCCAUUAACUUCAUUCUACUAUUCUACAAGGUCUCAACAUCUGCAGUGGUUGAAGAAAAAGAUGCCCCUGUGGUUGAUAUUGCUGAAAACAACAAGCUAAGCAGCCUAGAAAGUCCAUCACAUCGAAUCAUUACUGUGCACUAUGUUCUUGAAGAAAGCAGUGGUUACAUGGAACCUACACUCCGUAUUUUAGCCAUUCUGCAUACAGUCAUCUCCUUCUUCUGCAUCAUUGGAUACUAUUGUUUGAAAGUUCCACUAGUUAUAUUUAAACGAGAAAAAGAAGUUGCAAGGAAAUUGGAAUUUGAUGGGCUAUAUAUUACAGAACAGCCUUCAGAAGAUGAUAUUAAAGGGCAGUGGGAUAGACUGGUCAUCAACACACAGUCAUUUCCUAACAACUAUUGGGACAAGUUUGUGAAAAGAAAGGUUAUGGAUAAAUAUGGAGAGUUCUAUGGUAAGGACAGAAUCAGUGAGUUGCUCGGAAUGGACAAAGCCGCACUGGAUUUCAGUGAUACACGAGAAAAAAAGAAGCCCAAAAAAGAUAGUUCUUUAUCAGCUGUGUUGAAUUCUAUUGAUGUAAAGUAUCAGAUGUGGAAAUUAGGAGUUGUUUUCACAGAUAAUUCUUUUCUUUACCUGGCCUGGUAUAUGACCAUGUCAAUUCUUGGCCAUUACAACAACUUUUUCUUUGCUGCUCACCUUCUUGACAUAGCAAUGGGAUUCAAAACAUUGCGAACAAUUCUGUCAUCUGUGACUCACAAUGGGAAACAGCUUGUGCUGACAGUGGGCUUACUGGCAGUGGUAGUUUACCUAUACACAGUAGUUGCAUUCAAUUUUUUCCGCAAAUUCUACAAUAAAAGUGAAGAUGGAGAUAUGCCGGAUAUGAAAUGUGAUGACAUGCUAACGUGCUAUAUGUUUCACAUGUAUGUGGGUGUCCGUGCUGGUGGUGGCAUUGGGGAUGAAAUUGAAGACCCAGCAGGCGAUGAAUAUGAAAUCUAUCGAAUCAUUUUUGAUAUUACAUUUUUCUUCUUUGUAAUUGUUAUUCUACUAGCUAUCAUACAAGGGUUAAUUAUUGAUGCAUUCGGUGAAUUGAGAGAUCAGCAGGAGCAAGUUAAAGAAGACAUGGAGACCAAAUGUUUUAUCUGUGGGAUAGGUAAUGAUUACUUCGACACAGUGCCCCAUGGUUUUGAAACACACACAUUACAGGAGCACAACUUGGCUAAUUAUUUAUUUUUCCUAAUGUAUCUCAUCAAUAAAGAUGAAACAGAACAUACUGGACAGGAAUCCUAUGUAUGGAAAAUGUAUCAGGAAAGAUGUUGGGAAUUUUUCCCUGCUGGUGAUUGUUUUCGAAAGCAGUAUGAAGACCAGCUUAACUAACUAUAAUCAAGGACCAUUUCUUGAGAAACCACCAACACCUCUCCCAACUCCUUUGGGAAUGUAUAACCAGAUUUCUUAGAUCUGUUAAGCAGUGUGCUGUUUGGAGCACUAAAGCUUUUUUUGACAACUCAGCUGUCCUUUUUUCCUUCUGUGUUUGUUUUGAGAACAGUAAAAACAUGACUCUGGGAAGAGAAGAAGAAAAAACCAAACCCACACAACAAAUCCCCAUACAUAACAUGAACACAUGCACACAAAAAGAGACUUGAGACAGCUUUGUUUUCCCUCUGAGACUGCCUGAUUCCCUUAACUGAGAGAACAUAUAUGGGGUAAUGUGAUAGCCACAUUCAUUCAAUUUAUUUCAUCAUCCUGGAAGGAACUCUGAAGUUCAGAGUGCUAUAAAGGAUUGUUGUGGACACUACGUUGUGGGGAAAUAGUGCCUUACUAUAUGUAGGUUGAGCUAUGCAGAAGAUAGGUGCAUGACAACAUCUUAUAUUUUCUUUAUUUGUUCUCUUUUUCCUCCCAAUUAAUAUUUAUUUUGUCUUCUGGAGGGAAUUGGGAGAGAUUUGGCUGUGCACACCAUUUCAUAGGAUAAUGGUGUGGCUCAGGAUUUUAAAAAGGUAUUUUUUCUCAUUAUGCUAAAUUCAUAGGUAUCUUUCUCUUUAUCUCCUACACUUAUUUUGGUAAUGCUCUGGUGCAGCACUGCAACUUUAUGAAAUCUUUGUAUGAAAACAAAAAGACUGCAGAAAAAACUUUUAAAAGGAUUAUUUCAUUGCAUGUUUAUUAUGCAAGUUUAAACAACAAAAAGCAACCUUCAGAAGCAAGUUGAUCAACAUGGGAAAAUAUUCAUAGUAAUAAAGUGUUGUGGGCUUUAUUGUACAUUUGGAACCAGUGUCAUCAACCCACUAUGUAUAUGUUAUGAACUUGCCAGUACUUUAUUUUCUAUUUCAGUUCACUUUGACAUUUGUGAUCAUUAGUGGAAUUAAAAUUUUCUUAGGUCAAUUUUUAACUCAAAGGUGAAGCAAUAUCCAUUCAGGGAUUUCAUUAGUUGCAUCAUGAAACAUCAAGUGAUGUGUACGUCACUCCAUUUUGAAUCCUUUUUUGAUUGUAAUGCCAGUCUUUACAAAUAAAAGAAGAGAUUUGGAAUGGAA